UCACCGGAAGUUUUCCUUUUCAGCAAAUCAGCCAAGUGCUCUCCCCUUAGGCUAGGCCUUGUCUUGUCUGUCGUUCAAGACAAGAACGUCAAGAAGUUCAGGUCUUUAUCUCCGCUGCUGACUACUGUAUACUAGGCUCUAGAUCUACACUUCACACACAACACAAACUAGGCCUAACCUUUCACGUUUGACUGCCAAUGAACGCCUUCUUGGGGUAAACAACGCACAAUGGAUGAUCUAGAAGCGAAAGAGAAAGCUGAGCUGCUAGUUCUGCAUAAAGAGUUGGACUGGCUGCUCAAGCAAGAAGUACACCCUGUACUUCAAGAUAUCAGAGAAACUUUACAGGAAUGCUAUGACAGUUUGCCUUUUCACGGAACUCUCGAAAAAUCACGUCCUGCAGAGUUGAUGCCGCAACGAAUUUUGCUGACCUGCCCAAAUGGUCCCAGUAUGAACUUCAAAAGUGUGGUCACGCUGAGAGGGGACUGCGUAGAGGCUGCGGAUCUUCAAUUCAAACACAGGCAAGGCAAAGAGCACCAUCUGUUCAAAACAAAGAUCAGACAGGGAGCUUUCUGGACUCUGCCUCAGAUCCGCGAUGCUGGCAACCAUUUGUGCUGUGCUCUGGAAAUUGUCUCUCGCAAUGAAGAAAACUACACGUACAAAUCUGUCAAGGAAGUUUUCUUGAUCCUGGAUGAACUGAUGGACAGAUUGAUGAAGUGCCGACAGUGUUUGUCCUUGCCCAAAAGGAAAUCCAUACACGAUCUCAUUGAAAAUCAAAACCUGCAAAUCUUCAAUCCGCCUCUGCCCAACGAUAUCGCAGUGUCUUUCUACAUCCACACGUCCAAACUAGUGCUUGCCCUCUACGUCCUGCACCACAAUGGUCAGCACAAGGUGGAGAUCACGCACAGAGUGCAGGUGGAGGCCAUAGUCAAGUGGCUGAAUGAGGCCAUCAUAUUCUUCACCCUCUCCCUACAGCAGUGCCAACAGCUCAAAGACAAGUUGAUGGCUGUGGCUCAAAUACUUGAAAGUCCUUGACAAACUCGGUGCUUGAGCGUGACAUGAAUGGGAGAAUGUGCACAUGUCUGAUGGGGUGCUAUGAUGAAUGUCAGUAGGGUUGUUCAGGAAAUGGCAAAGUGAUUUUUUUUGUGUGCGCGCGUGGAUAAAUUUGUCUGUACAUUUUGAGAGUUUGGGAUCUUUAUGUGUGUAAAUGUGAACAGUUUGAUGACAAAUAGCGACAAACACAAUUUUCAUCUAAGUUUGGCUGACACUGGUACUGUAAAAUCUAGAAAGAUGAGGCACAUUCCAGAGUCAACUUCUUUUUUCACAGAACAUCCUUUUUUCCUCUUUAAAGAACUGCUAAAAAUGAGACCUUUUUAAAUAUUUUUUUAACGACACACGACAAAAGCGGGAGAACUUUUUUAAAAUGGCAACAUAUACCCUCUAGGCACCAAUCAAGUUCUUUCCUUGAGUCUCACAUGACUACACUUGUGGUCAAUGAAAGUUUGUGGGUGGUAUUUUCACUUCCUAUUUAUUGCAAUGUCGAUGUGUCGCAUUUUGUCAAAAAUAUGUGGAGAUUCUAUCUAUAACAAGGAUAAGAAAUUUCCUCUAAGCUUUACUUCAUAUUUACUCUAAAAACAAAGUUACUCAAGAUUAUUGAGUAAAUGGGUGAAGAUAAUGAAAUCGUUGUUUUUCUCAAAUCCAGAAAAAUAGGUAUGUGGCGUUUUGUCUCAAAACUGUUCAUGUGUCUGUUCACUUAGCGUGCGUCUAUGCACUAUGCUGUUUUCGUGUAUCUGCUGGCCUUUUAUGUAUAGAUGCCCGUGCACUUUGUGUGUGUGUAUGUGUUUGUGCACUAUUUGUGCGUUCUGGUGUCUGUCCGCUUUGUGUGUGCGUGUGUCUGUGCACUUAUGGUGCUACUCUGGGACCAUUAAAUAAUGUUUACUUUCUGGUGGCAGUACAUAGCUGGUCUGUGUAUGUGGAAGAGACUGAUGUAGUGAGUGUGUGUGUGUGUGUCUGUGUAUGUGGAAGAGACUGAUGUAGUGAGUAUGUGUGUGUGUGUGUGUGUGUGUGUGGGAAUGUGAUAUUGCAGUGGCUAUUAAUGUUUGUACGUGGAACUGUGAUAUUGUGGUGGGUAUGAAUGCCUGUCCGUGGCUCUGUGAUAUUGCAGUGAAUGUUGUGUGUGUGUCUAGAGGUCAGCAGUUAUUGAAGACCAAAGCGAGUGCUCUGUAUCAUGUACAGAGGUAAGUGGGGCCAUUUGUAAAAAAGUGCUGUCAUAUACAAACUGAUGACUACAUAUCGUGUACAUCCAUAUCGCAUGACAGUGGGAGAGAUUGCCAAACAAAUUAUUUGAACUGCCAGUCAUCAUAUGGUGCUUCUUCUUCUUCUUCUUCUUCUUCUUCUCCACUCUCGAUGACAGUCAGACAUUGCUUGUGUGAUGCGCGUAAACUGUGCAGUCCGCUUCAGAUCCUCAAGGCUGCCGUACAGUUUUCUCUCCGGUGGUGGUGUAGCCUACUGCCAUGUCUGUGCUCUUUGUGUUAUGUCGUGAGUACUGUAGUACAGUGCUGCAGGGUGGUGGAGUUCUUGACGGCCGGCACGGGUUCUAUCUUCGUCAAUCUGUAGAUCGUAUGUCGUAUUUCUUCCGAAAUAUGGCAGAAUGUCUAUCACAAAACCAGUUGAAGAAUCAACUAAUCCUCAUGUCUUGAUGUGGUAUUUACUUGGUUUACUGGGAGUGUAUUGCUUAUACUGCGGCCUCCCAGUAAAACCAAUGACCAUCUCAUCUAUGCAGAUGUUUUCGAAAGGGUAGAACGCUCCCUGGAAAUUUUUUAUUAGCAUUUUCAGGAAGGGUUCAAUUUUCUCCUUGCCUUGUGCCUCAGAUUCUGAACAAUGCAGAAAUGUAUGAAAGAGGGCUUCAAACCUCUCUCUUUGAAACAGACUUGUAAAAUUAAAUGGCGUGUAAAUGACAGGGCUCCGAGGCCGGUAGUCCUGAAUGGAAAGGCAAAAAUUGAGACCCAUCGCUAUCAGUACCGCAACAAAUUUCUUCCAAUUCCUUCACUGUUGUUCGGGACCAAUUGUUGUAUACUGACCUUCUUUUAGCUGUAGUGUUUUUCUGCACUUUUAACAGCGCAUAAGUGUUUAUGGCAUCUUCAAGAACUCCAUACAUCGUCAGUCCAAAGAAGACUAAACACGUCAUUGAUGUUCAGGUCAUCACUCACUCCUGGGUUGGCAACUCCUCUACAUGGUAGAAAGUCAAACACAGUACUAGUUUCACCCUGUUCAGUUUCUUCCCACUCAUUCUCUGAAUACUCUGGCUCUGGUUCAUUUGUUGUAGUUUCUGUAGGUACCUCCCAGAAUACAAUACUGGUUUCCCCCAGCUGAGCUGAGCUGUUUCUGUCGAGACAAUAUCCAGUGUGUUUCGCUGACUCCUAGUAUGUGCAGCCUGUAUCUCUUCAUCUCUUGUGAUGCUUGAGAACUCUUUUCUGCUUUAUACAUGGUGCGAACAUUCCACGACGUAAUCCGGAGAGAACUUGUUCUACAGAGAAGGUUUUUGGUCAGGAGAGUCCUUUCGGCUUUGUCCGCUGUCCUUCAUUGUUCCUGCUGAUGCAGAAGCUCCUCCGUCUCCCAAGAUCGAAAAAUAAAAAGCUGUGUUUGUUCGUGUUUCUGUAACUGACUGUUUUUAUUGGGAUGGAAAGUUGGCCCUCUGCAAACUGGCUCUUUCGGGAGACCAGACCUAAGCCCUUUUAGUCGCCUCUUUCGAUGCGCAAUAUCACGGCAGGUGUAUUCUUUGCUCCCCACAGUAAAACUGUGAGGCCCCCCACCUGCGGGGGCGACAUAAAAGGUGUUGAGCCUAAAAGACAAAAA